AUGGAUAGUGCCAUCUUCACUAUUGAGCGAGAUAAAAAGCCCGAGUAUGGGUUCGUGCUCAAAUACUGGUUGAUCUUGCUAAGCUCCAUAUGUUCGGUGGUUUACACCACUGUGCUUUGCACGGGUGCCGUGAUACAUCAUUGGUGGUACAAACUACGGGGAAAGACUAGAUACAAGCCCCCCGAUCCCGAGGCUAGAAACCACCAGUAUAGGCCGCGGAUAGCUUACAAAAACAUUGAUAACAUGAAGGCUACUCCGGACUUGAGGUACUACCUUAAACAGUUGGAUCUCGAUCUCGAAGAGCAUAGCGUGACCACCCCCGACGGGUUCAUCUUGGUGCUACAUCGCAUCAUCGAUCCUCGUGAAACGCAAGAGCAGCGCGAUGCGAGAAGUCCCAUUUUGAUGCAGCACGGACUCUUGUCUUGCUCGGGCACUUGGAUCGUUACGGGUAGAAACUCGCUCGCUUACUAUUUUCAUGAAGCAGGCUAUGACGUAUGGAUGGGCAACAAUCGAUCCUGGUUCCGCGCGCAAAGUGCCGUGCUCAAGAGCAAUUUGUACAAUGAAGAAAUGUAUUGGAAAUGGGGGGUCAAGGAGUUGGCGUAUUACGACUUGCCAACGUUUAUCAACUCGACAAUAAAAAUGAAGCCCAAGCAUGACAAGUUGAUAUUGGUGGGCCAUUCCCAAGGUGGAUUGCAGAGCUUUCUAAUGUUGCGCAACCCCAUGAUGGACGACGUGCAUGCCAAGGUCAAAAUGUUUGUAUCGCUACUGGCGGCAGUCUACCCCGGUUAUCUCUUUCACACGCGCAACUUUCUCAAGAUUCUCACCUGGAUGCUGAGGACGAUGUGGAAGGUUGUGUUUGGAUUCUGUGCCAUUUUGAGAAACUUGUGCUUGAUGAGGUAUUACAUGGCUCUGACGUGGAUCUUUGCCAAAUUGUCCUACUACAUGUUUAAAUUCUUGUUUGGGUGGACCAACAGGAACUGGGGGCCCAAUGACAAGAUUUGGCAUUUUUGCUUCAUAUUCAAUAUGAGUUAUGUAUCGGUUGAAUUGUUUCAGUUUUACGUCGCCAAGUUUAACGAGUUUGGCUUUGUGGGGAUGCUACAGCCCAAGCGAAGUUUUUUGAAACUGGAAAACUAUUCUGCCAUGGGGUUGACUAAAGAUGACUCGUUGCAAAUGUUCCCCUACAGACAGACUUGGUUUGAUGCGAAUAUCAAGAGUAUCGUGCCCAUGCUAGUGGUGACUGGUGAAGAUGAUUUUCUCGUUGAUGGACACAGAUUGACGCGGCAUAUGCGGGAAUGUGAACCUCGAUACAAGGAAGGGCUCAAUAUUCAGCACAUUUCUAUCCCAACGUAUAACCAUCUUGACGUGUGCUGGGCCGAAGACGUGAUUGGCACCAUUGCAUACCCUAUGCAGGACAUGUUGAAGAGAUUGUCCCAGACCCAUCACGCUGUUGCUGCGAGCAAGGAAACAGUAGAGGCUAAAGCACCUCAUGCUCCUCCUUUGAAACAAGAGAGGAAGCUUGCCAAUGGAGAUGCUGCUAGUCACAAACCAAGACACAUUAAGAAAUUUGUGUCCAAACUGCCGGAACCGCUUAAAGCAACGACUGCUCUUGAGGUUAACAACGUUCCCAAGGACAUUGAUAUCGCUGAUAUUUCGUUGAAUAACGGCCCUGAGAAUGCGCCAAUAAUGGUCAAAGUCAGUUGA